AUGGCCUCUUCGACCCUCGCGUUUCUUCUGUUGCUCUCAGCAGCCGCGCCGCUCGCGUGCGCGGUCUCCGGGGAGUACUGUCACGCGUGGGUGGAUUCCAUCGACACGCGGCACCGGGGUUUCCACUGUCCCGAGCGCUACGACGGCGAGGACGCGCGCUACUGCUGCGGCACGUGCGCGCUGCGCUACUGCUGCCCGUCUGCGGAGGCGCGCCUCGACCAGAGCGCCUGCGACGCGGAGCGGGAUCGCGCGGAGAAAACGCGAAAAAUAAGAGUGAGCGUUCCCACGUAUCUUCCGUUUGUGAUUGUGGCAAGUGUGUUCCUGUCCUUUGUACUGCUGGGGUCCAUGGUCUCCAUAUGCUGCUGUCGGUGUGUACAGUCCAGCCCUACCGAGCGUCAAGGCGGGCCCACCCCAACCCAAACCAGCCUACUAGAGUCCGAUGGCCCUUCCCCAAAGAGCUCCACCCACUCCUCCACCUCUACCGUUGCCCCUGCUGGAUCUCACCCUCCCCGGCCCGGACCGUCUGAGCUGAGCGCCUACGGGCCCACGGUCACGGCUUUCCCGGGCCUACCAGCGCAAGCGUUUGCGCCCACCCUCCACCAGGGGGCAGCGCAGUUUUACCAGCCGUGCCUGAGGUACCCGCUGCCCCCUGAGCACACUAUGCUGAUGGGUCCAGCCUUCCUGGAUGGAUGCGUGGCGUUUGGGCAGACGCACAGACAGCCCUUCCCCCAGGACCCCAUGCACACAGAGCCCAUCCAUGCCACCGUCACCUUCUGAUGAUGUCAGCAGACUACAAUCCCCCCCCCCAGCUCAGGUGGACUACACUGUAGACAUGGAGAAUGUGAUGUGAUGUGUGUCACAGUGUGGAUCUCCAACAGGCAUCUGUGUAGCAGGAUGCCAUGGGAGCAGAGAGGAGGUGAGACUAUCUGCCAUCUGAGGAUCAGCUCUGAGUUCUUCAGUCUGGAGAUCAGCUCUGUACAUUCCUUGAAUGUGUUCUGAAAUUGCUUCUCAUAGGAGUGUACUGUAAUUCAAAAGUUUUUUAAAAUUCAUUGUCUUUUUUGCUCACUGACGAGUUUAUUUAAA